AUGGGCGGGAGAGCACCGUGCUGUCCGCAGGGUGAUGAUGCUGCGGCUGUGCCCUGGCCUGCAGGCGGCGCCCUGCCAUAUAUCUGUCUUUCCCUGCCGGAACUGGGACGGCCCGGAGCGCCCCGCCCCACCGCGCAGGUUUCUAUUUCCCCGCCGGCCCCUCUCUGCGCGGCGGCCGCAAAACUUGCGGGUGAAUGGCGGGCGCGGCGGCGCCAAAGUGAGACUCCUGGGGGGCUGGGCCCAGCGGAGCCCGAAGACGCGCGCGGCUGGCGCUGCCCGGAGCACGGCGACCGCGUGGCUGAGCUCUUCUGUCGCCGCUGCCGCCGCUGCGUGUGCGCGCUUUGCCUGGUGCUGGGCUCGCACCGCGGCCACCCGGUUGGUCUGGCGCUGGAGGAGGCGGUGCGCGUGCAGAAACUCACCCAAGAAUGUUUAAAGAAUUUGACAACCAAGAAGCAGCAGCAAGUUGGCAACAUAACCCAACAAGAUGCUGCUGAGAAGCUCAAGGCUCAUGCAGAGUCAAGUAAAACCUGGCUGACAAGGAAAUUUACUGAACUCAGAUUACUACUUGAUGAAGAGGAAACUCUGACCAAGAAAUUCAUUGAGAAAAACACGCAGCUUGCCCUGCAGGCGUACAGGGAGCAAAUCGAGUCUUGUGGGGAGCAAAUCGAUGUCAUGAACAAUCUCUCCAACAGGGUCUGGAAUACCAGCCGGGAACCCAGUCCUGUACAGCUGCUGCAGAGCCCCACGUGCCCUCGCGCGUACACGGCCGCUGAGCAGCAGAUGCAGCAGCAGAUGAGCCUGGGGGAGUCAUGCCACCCCGUGCCCCACUCCUUUGAGCCCGUCAAGAGCUUCUUUAAGGGCCUUGUGGAAGCCACGCAGAGUCCGCUGCAGACGCCACUGGACGUCCGCCUUAAGGCGAACGUGAACUGCCAGCUCUCGGGCUCCUCCGGCGCCCAGCCGGGUUCCCUGCUGAAAACAAGCCCCUCACCAGAGCGAUCACUCUUCUUAAAAUACGCGCGUACGCUCACGCUGGAGGCAGACACGCUGCACUCGCGCGUGCGUCUCUCGGCAGACUGCUUGAAGAUGCGUUGUGGCCACCACGGCAACCUGGGGCUCAAUCCUGCGCUGCGUUUCGACGCGCUGUGGCAGGUGCUGGGCCGCGACUGCUUCGACGCCGGCCGCCACUACUGGGAAGUGGACGUGCUGGAGGCGGGCGUCGGCUGGUGGGUGGGCGCGGCCUACGGCUCCCUCGGCGCCUCUGCCGCAGCCCGCUUGGGCUGCAACCGCCAGUCCUGGUGCCUCGAACUAUACGACCUCGAGUACUGGACCUUCCACGACGGCCAGCGCAGCGUCUGCGGCGCCGCGACGACCCCGACCGGCUCGGCGUCUUCCUGGACUACGAGGUCGGCGUCUUCACCUUUUACGACGUGACGGCAUGACCCACCUGCACACCUUCUGUGCCGCCUUCCAGGAGCUGCUCUACCCGGCCCUGCGGCUCUGGGAAGGGGCCAUCAGCAUCUCCCGACUGCCCUAGGGGCCGACACCUGAGUGGCCGCCCUAGGCUCUCCGCGGCUCU